AUGCAGGUACACAGCAGCUUAUUGCCCAGAACUAGUCGUGUUGACGGAUGGCUGAGGGGAGAGUGCAAAGUGGCCUGCGAAUGCGUUGAAGCAAGCUCAAUGAAGCCAGUGCAGGAUGUAGCGCUGCCUUCGUGUGGGCUUCGAGAGAUGGCAGUUUCUACCUACAUGCGGGUAGAAUACGUGGACCGCCGUGGCUACGGCUGCCCAGUGGCAGGCAUGGAACUACGCAGCGGGACAGCACGACUUCUGAGAAGGAAAAGGAUAUUUACGAACGCUGAAAGAGCUGCACACGUCGUAGAUUCUCCAGUAGAGCGGGUGUUAGGGGUGGUCACAGUUGGAUGGGAAGUGAGCGUGUUUGCUUGCUUAACUGCGCAUCUGUCUCCCGUAUCAGUGUUUGCGAGUGGCGAUGCAGAUUCCAUCGAGUGUUGUGGGGCUUUGGGGUGGGUGGAAGAUCGCACCAGCUCUCUCCCUCCCCAUGUGUGA